AUGGCACCAACACCCUCUCUUGAAGAGUUCCAAGUCGGAUGGAUAUGUGCUUUACCCAUUGAAGCCGCCGCCGCGGAGGAGAUGCUUGAUGAGGAGUUCGACGCGAUCCAAGAGCAAGACAAGGCCGACACAAAUAUCUACACCUUGGCAGCAACCGUUGCCACGAAUAUGCUUCGGACUUUUUCCAAAUCUCUACGAAUUGGGCUAAUGGUGGGUAUCGGAGGAGGAAUACCAUCUCCCAAGUCUGAUAUUCGGCUCGGUGAUAUCGUGAUAAGCUACCCGAGUGGCACAUGUGGUAGAGUCAUCCAACACGAUAUGUUGAAAAUCGAGGGGGAAGGGAAAUUGCACCGUACUGGAUCAUUGAAUCGCCCACCACGCCUGUUAUUGGGUGCUGUCGACAAAAUCAAAACUCAAAUGCUAAGACAUGAUCCUCUAUAUCUCUCUUAUAUUGAGGAGGCCCUCCAAAAGAACAAAAGGGUACGGAUGAACUUCGGCCCAACCAAACAAGAGUCAGACCGGUUGUUUCAAGCCCACCAUGAGCACCCUUCUAAUGCACAAAGCUGCAACGAUUGCCCGACAGAGUGGGAGGUGCCCAGGAAUGUACGCGAAGAUGAUGAACCCCAACUGCACUACGGAAUCAUUGCAUCCGGAAAUGCUGUCGUAAAGCAUGCCGAGACCAGAGAUCGCCUUGGAGCAGACUCUGGCGCAUUGUGUUUUGAAAUGGAGUCGGCAGGUCUAAUGAACAAGGAGUGGCAGGGUUAUGCGGCAUUGGCAGCAGCAGCAUAUGCAAAGGAGCUUCUUGGCCAUGUGCCUACGGCACAGCUUUCACAAGAGAGAUUGGCAGGGAGCAUUUGUAAGCUUGUUGAGGAGAUCCAAGAAAUAAAAACCGACACCAAGAAAAUCGACCAGAAGAUUGACCUCGGUAGGUUAGAGAUUGCAAAAGGAGCGUUGUUUGAUUCUUUUGAGAAUCGAAUGCACGAUGAGUGCUUGGAUGGAACCCGAGUUGAAUUACUACAAGAGGUUGAAGGAUGGAUCGAUCUCCCUCAGGGAAAAUCUAUGUUUUGGCUCAAUGGAAUGGCUGGAACUGGGAAAUCUACCAUUUCUCGAACACUUGCAACCCGUCUGAGUCAAAGAAGGGAGCUUGGAGGGAGCUUCUUUUUCAAGCGAGGCGAAGAAGACCGAGGAAACCCCAAAAGAUUAUUCACAACUCUUGCGCAACAGUUGCUCAAUAGCAUCCCCGAAUUGAUUGAUGGGAUCAAACGGGCGAUUGAAGAGGAUCCAUAUAUCUCCGAAAAGGCGCUGGGAGAACAAUUUGACAAACUAAUUUUGCAGCCAGUCCUUGCUGUGAAGUUAGACCGAACGAUAAAGAGGGUGAUUGUGAUUGAUGCGUUGGAUGAAUGUGAAUCGAAUAACAGCGAAGAUAUACGAAUCAUUCUUGCACUCCUAUCACAACUCCAAAAGUCAACAUCCGUUCAGCUACGAUUUUUCUUAACCAGUCGACCAGAACUGCCGAUCAGACUGGGGUUCGAUAAAAUACAAGGAAAACAUCAAAACUUGGAUCUUCACAAAGUUCAGGCGUCAGAAAUUACACGGGACUUGGCUUUAUUCCUGGAGCACAAAUUUUCCAAAAUAUGCGAUGAUCGUGGGCUCCCGCCAACCUGGCCUGGAGAGGCGGCAUUACAAGUUCUCCUUGCCCGCACCGUACCAUUGUUUAUUUCUGCUGCAACUCUCUGUCGGUUUAUCGGUGACUCAAGUUGGGACCCAAACAAGCGGUUGAUGAUGAUUCUGACAGAUCGAUUUGCCUAUGUGUCCAAGCUGGAGAGUACCUAUCUCCCCGUCUUGACACAACUUCUUUUGGGGCAAGAUAAAUGGGAGACACAGCAGCUGAUUGAGGAGUUCAAAAACAUUGUUGGUGUCAUAAUUGUUGUCGCAACUCCACUCUCCGUCGACACAAUUUCCCAACUCGUUGAUACACCUGUAAGUGACAUUACCCAGCGACUAGACCGUCUACAUUCUGUCCUCAAUGUGCCGAAAGAUAAAUCAAUCCCCGUUCGUCUACUGCAUCUCUCCUUUCGAGACUUUCUUUCGGAUCAAAAGACAAAAGAAAGUGAAGCUAGUGCAAAAUUCUGGAUCGAUGAGAGAGAAAUGCAUCAACUCUUGGCUAGCAAGUGCCUUAAAACCAUGUCGAAGAGUCUGAAAAGGAACAUUUGCAAUCUUCCGACAUAUGGAACUGCACGCAGUGAGAUUGAUUUGCAUUGCAAGAGCCGGUGUAUUCCUCAGGCACUGAGAUACGCAUGUCACUAUUGGGAAUAUCAUGUCAUGCAAAGCAAGGGAAACAAAUCAACCAUUCCUGAAUCAACGGUGCAGGCCAUCUAUUCGUUUUUGACGGUUCACUUUCUGCACUGGGUUGAAGUCAUGAUAAUUUUGGGGCUUGGGAGUGAAGUUACAAAAAUUGUCGACCGAUUACAAACGAUUUUGAAGGUACGCUUUCCCAUAUGUGAUUUUACUCAUGGGUACAUCUAUACUAACACCUCUCAGGACGUCCCAACAUCCAAAUUUCUGAAAGAAGCAAAACAAUUCCUCUCGGCUAAUCGACAGGUUUGCGAUACUACACCCUUACAGUUAUAUUACUCGGGGCUUGUUUUUGCACCUAGAAUGGCAACUAUGCGGAAACUGUUUCAGAAAGAACUUCCAAAAUGGAUCUCCAGAUUUCCAGAAGUUGAGGAGAAUUGGAGCACACACUUGCAAACUUUUGAGGGCCAUACGGAUUCAGUAGUGUCUGUGGCCUUCUCUCCAAGCGGUCAACUACUAGCCUCCUGCUCUGACGACGAAACUGUAAAUCUUUGGGACUCCUCUACCGGAAUGUUACAACAAAGCUUCAAAAAUGGUUCAUAUUCAGUAGCCUUUUCCCCUGAUAGGCGGCUCCUGGCAUCUGGAUCGGAUGAGGCUAUCCAUAUCUGGGAUACGGCGACAGGAAUUCUGGAGAAAACACUUGAUGGAUAUUCAAGUUCAGUUGUAUUCUCCCCAGAUGGCCGGCUACUGGCAUCAAGCUCUGGCGAGAGCAUUGUCCUCUGGGAUGUUGCAACUAGUACUGUACGGAAGACAUUCGAAGACUGUUCCAGUCCAGUGGUCUUUUCACCUAAUGGGCGAUUAUUGUCGUCCCUGUCCGAUGACUGUCUUUGCUUCUGGGACAUUGAUACGGGGGAAAUCCACGCUACAAUUGAUUGCCCUUCAGAAUCAGUUACAUUUUUAUCCGAUGGCAAACUCAUAGCCUUUGCUUCAGAUAAUGAUGUACAACUCUGGGAUAUCACCACUGGCAUACUACAACUUACAUUUGAGGGACACACAGAUCGAGUUCUCUCGGUAGCCUUUUCUACAAAUGGCUUGCUGGCCUCCGGUUCUCGUGAUGAAUCUGUCCGCUUAUGGGAUAUUGCGACGGGGAUAAGCCAGGUUCUUAGGGGUCAUGCAGAAUGGGUCAAGUCCGUGGCCUUUUCCCCGAAUGGCCAAAAUCUAGCGUCCGGCUCCAAUGAUUCAACUAUCCGACUUUGGGAUACCCCUACAGGCAAAUUGCAGCAAAUUCAGAGCCCGAACCAACAUUCUGGUUGGGUCAUCUCAGCCGUAUUUUCUCACAAUGGUGAACUUUUAGCAACAAGUUCUAUUGAUGAGACCGUGCGCCUCUGGGACACGUCCAAGGGCUCAUUACUACAUAUAUUUGACGGACAUUCCAACCUUGGAGCAGGGCUGACUUUCUCUCCUGACAACUCCAUGCUGGCAUUUUGUUGUGACGAUGGGUCUACAUGGCUUUGGAACACUGCAAGCGGGAAUCUACAUCACACGCUACAAGGUCCAUCAGAUUAUAUUAGCUUCCUGGUUUUCUCUUUCGAUGGCACACUGCUCGCAGUUGUUCCUCGCAACAACACUAUACAGCUUUGGGAUACAGUCAGCGGUGAGCUACAGCGCACCUUCAUGGAGCAUCCACAUAAUAGUGUUAUCACCGCAGUCGCCUUCUCACCUAGCAGCUUUUCCGUCGUUUCUGGCUCCACCCACAGGGAUCCAAUUGUCUGGGAUACUAGUAAUCGGUCUUCGAUUGUUUCGCUUCAGGGCCACCAUGAUGGAAUCCAAUCAGUAAGUUUCUCUCCAGAUGGAAGGCUGGUGGCAUCUGGAUCCUGGGAUUGCACCAUAAUUAUAUGGCAAUCCGCCACGGGAUCAUUUUUGUGGAGGCUGAAGGGGCACUCUGAUGUUAUUCGAUUGCUUCUUUUCCCACCCGAUGGCAAAGAACUGGUAUCUACCUCUACCGAUGGAACUGUGCGACUCUGGAAUGUCGGAACAGGGCAGUUAGUACACACUGUUCACACCAAUGGGCUAGCUGAUCGAGUCGAAUUCUCUGACGAUCUCUUACAUCUCAAGACCAAUCUCGGAUCUAUCUCAAUACCUUCCAAAUACGAUGGUGUCACCACUUCUGCCAAAAAGACAGCGGAAAUACGACUUGAGGAGACUGUGUGGGUCUCCCUACAUGGCAAGAGAUCUCUCUGGCUUCCUCUUGAGUACCGAGCAUCGUGCUCCAAAGUCAGAGACAAUUGUCUGGUCGUUGGAACUUCAUCUGGGCGCGUUCUGUUCAUGGAUUUUAUCUUGGACUAG